AGGCGUUUCUCGUGGAUGUCCCACUUGGAAAGUGUAACACACCGCAAAAACAAGUUAUCGAAUGUUACAGCCAGUCAGAUUCCGAAAGACAAAUUCAAAUUUCUACUAAGCAGAGGACGAGCAGUAGAUUUAAAAAUUGUUAUUAACGGAUUUGAGAUAUUAAAGACAAUGGGAAUGGGUGGACAUGAAGAAUUUAAUUACGAAUGUGGCCUGAGUAAUGAGGCUCAAGUUGCAGCUAGGACUGAACUCAGAGAAGAUGAGAAGACAAGAGAGCAGGCCUUGGAACAGUUCAGACAUUGGAUUCAAAAGCAUCCGACCAUAAGAAAAUGUAGAACUGAUGCUGUCUUUCUUUUAAGAUUUCUCAGAACUAAGAAAUUCAGUGUACCUAUGGCCCAGGAUAUGCUCGAACGUUAUCUCACUAUCAGACAAUUAUAUCCCAAUUGGUUUCAAAAUUUGGACAUUGAAGAUCCUGACAUCGAGGCCAUCAUUGAUAGUGGAUACUUGGUGCCUCUACUGGAAAGGGAUGAGAAUGGACGUCAAGUCAUUCUUUCCUGUGCUGGACGAUUCGAUCCAUACAAAUACACAUCUGCCCAAAUGGCCAGGGCUCACAGUCUGGUAGUAGAAUCUCUGAUGGAUCAUGAAGAAAAUCAAGUCCGGGGUUAUACUCAUGUAAAUGAUGAAUCAGGACUUACCAUGGGACACGUGAGCGCCUGGUCUCUUACCGAUAUCAGAAACAUGUUAAGGUGCAUUCAGAAUAGCACACCUAUGCGCCACAAGGAGACCCACUUCAUCAAUAUACCCAGUUGCGCCACUAAGAUCAUUGAGUUUGCCGUUUCUCUACUCAACGACAAGCUCAGAGCUCGUAUCCAUAUACACAAAAGUCUGGAUGAGCUCAAGCAAGCCAUAAAUCCUAAGAUACUACCAAAGGAAUAUGGCGGCAAAAUACCACUUUCGGAAAUGAUUGCUUCUUUCAAAAAAACUCUACACGCGAAGAGGGACCAGCUUAAGGCACUUGAUGAUAUGUAUAUUGAAAUCUCACCAAAGGACAGCUGUGCUGCUUCGAGCGAAGGUUUGGGUGGGAUUUCCGGUUCCUUCCGGAAGUUGGAGGUAGAUUAACGUGACGGCUGAAGCGCGGAUAGGAAUUAAAAUUUUUUUUAAGGUAUCCUUAAUAAGCUCGGACUCUGUUUUACAAUCAUUGAUAUGGGAACAACUGUGACAGAUAAUUAUUUUUAAAAUAGAACUCAUUCGUGUCUUCCACAAUACCAGCAUAUAGCGAACAUCUAAUGAGGUUAAUUAUUUUAAUUGCAAUUUCUAUCAUUUAAUCGACACAUUUGCUCUUGUAUCAAUGGCUUUAUUUCUUGUAUAUAAUGUAACCGGGUAUGAAAGUGAUGAUGUUCAAUUUUGAAAAUAUUUUUUCAAUGCUAUAUUUUUAGAAUAUAUUUUACUUUAAUAUAUAGACAUGUAUAAUAUAUAAGAGAGCCUAUAUAGUAGCCUAAAUAGCAUAGUCUUUUCUACAGACAAUAUGUACUGUCCUGUCGGUGGAAAAAGUUACCUACAUGAAUUCUGUGUCGAUUCAAAAGACAUAAGGGGUCAGAUAAUUAUAUUGUAACUAUAUAUAUAUAUAUAGCAUUUGUUAAAGAUACCUCUUAAGAUUUGCUCUUUGAAAAAGUCAAUUGCUUCAAUGUCGCUUAGAAUUAAGAAUAUUCAAUUAUUUUUCAUUUUUAAUGAAACUUUCACUCCUCGUAGCUAAAAAGAUUAGAAUGUCACAUUAAACGUCUACUUUUUGACUUUACUAUUGACAA